AUGGCUUUUUUCGACACAAUCGCGUCCAUAGCGGCCUCAACUACACCCAAUCACAUCUUCACGCUUGCAUCCAUUGCUCUUGUCGCCACUCUGGCAUACCACAUCUGUGUCUACAUCUACAACAUCUACCUCCAUCCCCUCUCCAAGUACCCCGGUCCUCGCUUUGCCUCCGCGUCUUCGUUUUGGCUCGUUUCGUCCUACUUUGGCGGUAAAACGCCGUACGACCUUCUAGAGUUACACAACAAAUACGGCCCAGUCGUAAGAACGUCUCCAGAUGGACUGUCUUACAUCAAAGCGCCUCAAUGGAAGGAGAUCUAUGGUCACAAGACUGGGCAGCUGGAGUUCGCCAAGGACGAGAAGUAUUUUGCGGGCUUGAAGGGUGAGCCAAUCAUUCUCACUGCUGACAGACAUUACCAUGGAUACAUCCGCAAGCUGUUUGCGAAUGGCUUUUCUGAGAAGGCUCUGCGAGAGCAAGAAUCAGUUCUCAAGGGGUACGUCGACUUGAUGUUUCGGAGAAUUGAGGAAGAAGGCCAGGAUGGAAAGCAGCCGGUUGAUAUACUGAAGUGGUAUAACUUCGUCACGUUUGAUUUUAUCGGGUUUCUGACAUUCGGCGAAUCCUUUGACUGUCUCAACACAUCCACUCUCCACACAUGGGUCAAGAUCUUCUUCUCUUUGGCGAAGUUCUUUUCCUAUCACCAAAUGCUCUCACGCUUCCCGAAGCUUUUCCGUCUCCCCAUCGCACUCUUCCUGAUUCCACCCAAAGUCAUCUCUGACGGCAAGACCUUGAAGAAGUUGCAAGUUGAAAAGGUCAAACACCGUCUGCAGAACGAAUCGACGGUGCCAGACUUCAUGGACAAAAUGAUCGCAGCGUACCACUCAGGAAAAAUGUCUUUUGACCAGCUUGAAGGAAAUUCCCAAAUCCUCAUUGCCGCCGGAAGCGAGACGACAGCCACGAUGAUGUCAGGCUUUACUUAUCUCCUCACAAAGAACCCCCGUGUCCUGGAAAAGCUUUCCGCAGAGAUCCGCUCCACCUUUUCUAAUCCGGACGAGGUCACCUUCACUGCUGUCAAUAGCUGCAAAUACCUUCUCGCUUGCAUCGAAGAGGCCCUGCGUGUGUAUCCGCCCUCCCCUCAACCGCACCAUCGCAUCGUGCCACCCGGCGGGGCCACUGUCAACGGCGACUUCCUACCCGCGGGCGUGUCUGUCAGCAUCCCAAUCUAUGCUGCAUCCAACAGCCCUGAAAACUGGACUCGCCCUGAGGAGUUCCUGCCUGAGCGGUGGCUGGGUGAAAACCCCGAGUUUGAGGAUGACCAGCGAGAUGCGUCGCAGCCCUUUCAAUACGGGCCCAGGGCAUGCAUCGGAAGAAACCUGGCAUAUGCGGAGAUCAAGCUCAUUAUUGCCCGACUUGUUCUUCAGUUUGAUAUCUCGAACGCGACUGGGAAUGAUUGGAUGGAGAGCCAGAAGGUGUUUAUGGUGUGGGAGAAGUCACCGCUUUGGAUCAAGUUGCAGCCUGUUAGGAGAUAA